CCAUUCUGUCUAUCCAGGUUUCGGCCUAAAGUCUUGCAAAACAUGGAUUCCAGAGUCCCCGACAUUGUCGUCGCGGUGGACUUUGGGACAACUUACACAGGGGUCGGGUGGCGGCGCUGCAAAUGGCCCAAGGGAGGAGGACCAAUCCAGAUAAUCAAAAGUUGGCCAUUCGGCGAAGAUGAAAUCAAGGUUCCGAGCCAGAUCCUCUACCAUCCCGACGAUCAAACAAGGGUAUUAUCAUGGGGCUUCGGAUGCGCUCAAGAUCGACUGGCGGGCAACCUACCCUGGCAGUUCUUCAAGCUCUUUGUCGACCCCAAGGAGCUAAAGAUAUUUAAAGCAGCAGGAAUUACGCUUCGCUUGCCCGAGUCGCAGGCGGAAGCGCUCGGAAUUGUAACCGACUACCUCCACUGCCUGUACGAGCACAUCAAACAAGUCAUCAUGAACGGCAUCAACCGGGAAUACCACCAUGACGGUCGAGGUCCGGGGUGGAACGAACUCAGAAUCCACUUCCUCUUUAGCAUACCGACCACAUGGCAGAACCCAAAGGUUGCCCACGACUUCAAGCAGUGCUACUUCAACGCUGGUUUUGCUGGUCCCAACUGCUUCAACCACACGGCCGAGAUAUACAGGACCGAGUCCGAGGCGGCGGCAAUCGAUGUGCUGAAGAACAAGACCAUCGGCUUCGACGUGGGCGACCUGUUUCUCUGUGUCGACGCCGGCGGUGGCACUACCGACUUUUCCCUGACCGAAGUCACGUCCAACGAUGCCGAGUCUCCACAGAUGAGGGCCAUCUUCCCAGUCCGCGGUGUCGGUCAUGGCGCUAGCAGAGUAGACAUAGCCUUCUCCAACCUGGUGCGGUCGCGCAUAGACAACGCAAGGGGAACGCUACCCGAACUGCCCUGGCGAGCCCCGAGAUUUUCGACCGCACUUUCGGCUUCCAGGGCCUUCAAGAUAGUCAAGCAUGGCUUUGGGAGUCCGGCCAGGCAGCAGCCACAUAUUGUGCGGGUUGACGAAGUGGGCAGAAGCGUCGAUGUUCCCGAGCUUCAAAUCAGGAACGGAAACAUGCAAUUCUCAGACCAUGACAUGGCAGGUCUUUUUGAUCCUACUAUUGAUAGAAUCGCCACUGGAGUCACUCGUCAGCUUGAUCAGUUGACAAAGAAUCAUGACCGACGAAUCGUUAAAUAUGUCAUUCUUUCAGGCGGGCUUGGCAAGUCCGAGUACGUCCGAUCUCAGAUGCGCCACAUUCUCGCAGGCCGCCGGCAUGAAAAGCUUCAGUCUUCGAAUGCCGUCAUUCUCAACAGCGAAGACCCGCAGCUGGUGGUCGUCCGCGGUAUGCUGUUUGGCCAUCAGCAAACGAUGGCAGGCAUACCAGUGCUGAGGAACUUUGUAGCCCGAGCUUCGUACGGCAUCGUUGUUCAGGAAGAAUAUGACAAGCACAAGCACUUGACACUGCCAAAAAGCGAUAUCGAAAUCAUCGACAAGAAGAAAUGGGCCAAGAACCAAAUUAAGUGGCUUUUUACCAAGGGUGAUCAUCUCGAUGCCAACGGCGAAAACAAAAAGCACGGUUUCCAAAUCAAGCUGAGAAAAGGGAACGACUGCACCGUCACCUGGUCGGCCGAGGUGGUCAUGUGGGACGGCGACGGCAUCCCGCCUAAUCACAUGGCAGUGGGAUCGAGGGUGAGGAAGAUAUGCGACCUGGUUGGCGACACGACGAUUCUGGAGGAGGCUGGCAAGGUAAUAGAGACCCGGGUGCGUAGCCGUUGGUACAAGAUCAGGAAGGAUGCCGUGUCUCGUGUGUGCAGAUUUGACGUUGCCGUCAAAGUCGGCCCUGCCGAUCUCGGCUUUGAGCUGCAGGUGGAUGGGCAACGUAUUUCCAAGAACCAUGAGCCCAUCACUGCAGAGUGGACAACCGAGUAGAAUCUAGGUAGCCUUGGGAUUGAAUGGCCAACAUCGGGGUGUCGGUGCUGACAAAUUUGGUCGCCUAGCGUCCGGUUGAGGGAGUGUAGAAUGUGUAGAGGCUUCGUCAAAAGCUGGAUGGAAUUUGGUACCUGGGUUCCCUAAUCAAACUUUGGAUCAAAUAAACCCCG